AUGUGGUCUGAAACAUUUCCUGUCUGUGCUGGUCGACGUCAAUCACCAAUUAAUUUAGAAUAUUUCAGUAUUGUUAACAGAAAAUUUCCACCCUUCCUGUUUUCACAGAACUUCGAAGAAUAUCUUUUGUUUACUUUAAAAAAUAAUGGACAUACCAUUGUCGGCGAAUUAGCACCUCAAACACCUUCAAGCAUUAUUCUAGAACUGACUGGUGGCGGUCUACCCGGCAUCUUUCAAUUCACAAAUUUUCAUCUACAUUGGGGUGGAUCACCGUCAGAAGGAUCAGAACAUACAAUUAAUGCGUUACAUGGUGCCGGCGAAGCACAUUUUGUAUUUACCAAUCCAAUAACAAAACAAAUAGCUGUACUGGCUUUUUUCAUUGUCAUAUCAGCUGAUCAACAACAAAGCGCGUGGCGUUCCUAUGUUGAUAAUGCAGUUACACUAAUUCAUGAAGGUAUACAAGUACCGUUUAUAACAAAUCUGAUGCAAUUAAUGGAAACUGAAAAUAAUUUUCAAGAUUUUUGGAGAUACGAUGGCUCAUUAACGACACCACCAUGCACAGAAUCAGUUAUUUGUGAGUAG